CCUUCACAUGGCAUUCAUACAUCAAGAUAUUUUGCUUCAAGUUCCAUGGCAAGCUCAACAUUGUCUCCAUGGACACUUUUAGUUCUUGUCAUAAUGUCAUUUGGGACUUUGGGUCCUAAACUUGUGGAAGCUAGAGCUUUCUUUGUGUUUGGAGAUUCACUAGUGGAUAGUGGCAACAACAACUACUUAGCCACCACAGCUAGAGCAGACUCUCCUCCUUAUGGUAUCGACUAUCCGACCGGCCGGCCGACCGGCCGAUUCUCUAAUGGCCUCAACAUUCCUGACAUUCUCAGUGAGCAAAUCGGGUCGGUACCCGUAUUGCCAUACUUGAAUCCAGAACUCACCGGAGAGGAUCUUCUUAAUGGUGCCAAUUUUGCUUCUGCUGGAAUUGGAAUCCUCAAUGACACUGGAAUUCAGUUUGUGAACAUAAUCCGAAUGUUCCAACAGUUACAAUACUUCAUACAAUACCAACAGAGGGUGGCUGCUAUAAUUGGACCUGAACAGACUCAACAACUAGUGAAUGGAGCAAUUGUCCUAAUCACUGUUGGUGGAAAUGAUUUUGUCAACAAUUACUACUUGGUCCCUUUCUCUGCUAGGUCUCGCCAAUUCUCUUUACCAGAUUAUUGUAGAUACCUAAUCUCUGAGUACCGUAAACUUCUAAUGAGAUUAUACGAGCUCGGAGCACGUAGGGUUCUUGUGACCGGGACCGGGCCGUUAGGUUGUGUUCCUGCGGAAUUGGCAAUGAGAAGCAGAGACGGGCAAUGCUCACAGGAGCUACAACGGGCGGCAUCCUUGUUUAAUCCACUCCUUGGGAGUAUGCUUAGAGAACUUAAUAGCGAUUACGGCGACGAUGUCUUCAUUGGUGUUAAUCUACAAAGGAUGAGCAAUGAUUUCAUUAGUAAUCCUCAAAGAUUUGGGUUUGUUACAUCAAAGAUUGCAUGUUGUGGACAAGGACCAUAUAAUGGACUAGGAUUGUGCACAAUUGCAUCAAACUUGUGUCCUGAUCGUGAUCUCUAUGGAUUUUGGGAUGCAUUUCACCCAUCAGAGAAGGCAAACAGAUUAGUUGUUCAAUCCUUCAUGACUGGUUCUCUUGACUACAUGAACCCCAUGAAUCUCAGCACCAUUUUGGCCAUGGAUUCCAAGAUUUAAAGACAACAUUAGCUAUGGCAUCCACAACAAUAAUAAUGUAGAUCUCAAGGAACAUUUGAUGUUUGGUGUGAUUUUUCUGUCUUAAUUGUGUUUUUAUAUAUGGAUAUUGUCUUCUGUGAAGGCCAUUGAUGAUAUUCUUGUUUUUGGGACUAUGCAAUUUCGCAAGUGGUUGGUGUAUUUCUUAAAUUUGAAUUGCAAACUAUCGAUUUCAA